AGAGGUCCUGGAAACCGUAUGGAGUUCUAUAGGCACUGGGCAUCCCUUACACCCCAGUCCCUGUCCAUAGGAAACAGAAAGUACAACAUUAUAAAGAAUGGAUAAGCAUGGCGUGAAGACCCCUCUGUGGAAGAAGGAGGUGGAGGAGCCCGAGGCCAGCGAGGAGGAGACGGAGGACGAGUCGUCGUCGUCGUCGUCAUCGUCGGAGGUGGAGAAGCGGGAUCCCGAGAGCACGGCGGAGGUCGAGGAGGACGCCCGCGAUGCGGAGGAGCGCGAGGCCCUCUCGGUGUGCUACUGCCCGCUGCGCCAGGAGCCCAGCACCCAGCAGGUGGCGCUGCUGCGACGCUCGGACAGCGGCUUCUGGGGCUGGCUCAGCCCGUUCGCGCUGCUGGGUGGCCUGGCCGCUCCUGCGGACAGGAAGCGUGGUGCCCCGGAAGAACCGUGCGUGUUGGAGACGCGGCGGCGGCCACCGCGCCGCGGGGUUUGUGCGCGCUGCGAGAUCCUUUUCUGCAAGAAAUGCAAGAGCCUGCAUAGCCACCCGGCCUACAUAGAGCACUGUAUUCUGGAGCACCCUGACCCGAGUAAGGCGGAGGCCGCCGGGAGCUCUGAGUGCAUCCAGUCCCAGCCUCUGCACCCGCAAAGCUCCAAACUCUUCUAUCUCUAGUGCGUUCCACAGAGCUGUCCUUUCAAACUGCCGUCCUUGGCGCCUCCUUCCGGUGAAAAGGCCCACUGUCGGUUCACACCUGUUGUCUCGCCAAACUAUACAGCAGAACCUAGGCACUACUCCCUAGACAGUACCCAACAUCUACAGCUCUCCUGACCCACGCCUCCAAUUCAUCCUCACCUGCAUCUUUUCCAUGUCUUUCUGGCCAGGCGAACAGAGGCAUCGCCUGGAGAAAAACAGCCUCGGGGUUCCCUCUGUCCUUUAAGACAUUCCGUCUUUCCCUCUAAUCCCUCAAUAAAGUCUCAAAUCAGA